AACGAGGUGGUAGACGCGCCCGCAACAUUAUCUCAACUCAAAAAUGAAUUAUAUGCCCGGCACCGCCAGCCUCAUCGAGGACAUCGACAGUGAGUAGCUCAUCUCUUCCGAGUGAAGUCUAGGAAAAGCACUUGGUCCUGCUUCGAGAUGGAAGAACACUUAUAGGCUUUUUAAGAAGCAUUGAUCAAUUUGCUAACUUAGUGCUACAUCAGACUGUGGAGCGUAUUCAUGUGGGCAAAAAAUACGGUGAUAUUCCUCGAGGGAUUUUUGUGGUCAGAGGAGAAAAUGUGGUCCUACUAGGAGAAAUAUGAUGAAGCACAGCCUUCAGCUGGGGGCAUUUAAGACGCAGACCGCACUUGGUCCCAGCCACAGCUGCAGGACCCAGAGGUGGACCUUGUGAGGCUCAGAAAGGACAGAGGCAGCCACCCUUGAGGGCAGAGGCAAUAGCGGCAACAGCACAACCACCACCAACUCUGCCCCUGCUGCUGGGAAACAAUGCUACUAGCAACAUUUAAACUGUGCGCUGGGAGCUCCUACAGACACGUGCGCAACAUGAAAGGGCUGAGGCACCAGGCCGUGUUGGCCAUCGGCCAGGAGCUGAACCGGAGGGCACUUGGGGGCCCAACCCCCAGUGCGUGGAUUAACCAGGUUCGGCGCCGGAGCUCCCUGCUUGGUUCUCGGCUGGAAGAGACUCUCUACAGUGACCAGGAGAUGGCUUACAUCCAGCAGGGGGAGGAGGCCAUGCACAAGGCCCUGGGCAUCCUCAGUGACCAGGAGGGCUGGAGGAAGGAGAACCAGCAGGCAAAUGGAGACAAAGUGCUGAGUAAGGUGGUCCCAGACGUGGGCAAGGUGUUCCAGUUGGAGGUGGUGGUGGACCAGCCCAUGGACAGGCUCUAUGAAGAGCUAGUGGAGCGCAUGGAGGCAAUGGCAGAGUGGAACCCCAAUGUCAAGGAGAUCAAGGUCCUGCAGAAGAUUGGAAAAGACACAGUCAUCACCCACGAGCUGGCUGCAGAGUCUGCAGGAAACCUCGUGGGGCCCCGCGACUUUGUGAGUGUGCGCUGUGCCAAGCGCCGAGGCUCCACCUGUGUGUUGGCUGGAAUGGCCACACACUUCGGGGAGAUGCCUGAGCAGAAAGGUGUCAUCAGAGCUGAACAUGGCCCCACCUGCAUGGUGCUUCGCCCCCUGGCUGGAAGCCCCUCGAAGACCAAACUCACGUGGCUGCUCAGCAUUGACCUCAAGGGGUGGCUGCCAAAGACCAUCAUCAACCAGGUCCUAUCACAGACCCAGGUGGAUUUUGCCAACCAUCUGCGCAGGCACAUGGAGUCCACCUCUGCCUCUGCAGCCAGGUGUUAAGACCAGCCUGCUGCUCCCCACGGUUCCCACCUACAUCUGCUUGCAGGCUUGUCAUGCUGAGUGCCUGCAAACCUGUUUAAGAUCUUCCCCUGGGUACAGCAGGAUGGAGCUGCAGUGUUUAGGGCAUGAUACUAGUAAAUCAGCUUGGUAAAAUUUUAGCACCAAGAAAAUUGGGAUGAGGCUCUUGGAUAAAGAGGGAAGAGCCUUCUCACUUCGCUCAUUGAUUAGCUAUGAAAUGAAGGCUCCCGAGAUAUUUGUAUAACUUUUUUCUGGGCCCUUACUUGCCCACAUAAAAACAUCUUAAAAUGCUACUAGCCUAUAUGGAUGUGGGGGGUGCUAAGUACCGGGAUUGGGACCUCAUGCGUUACGGACUCAAGAACUCCAUCCCUUGCAGGCAGUGUCUGGACGAAGCAGGGCCUUACAAAGGGGGCUCUGGCAACCCUAUGCUCCUCCAAGUAGACAGACAGCUACACCAAAGGAGCAAGCAACUCCCCACAGUACAUACCUUCCAGAUAUCUAUUCCAAGUUUUUUCUAUGGAAAAAUGCAAAACAAGUUAUUGGACUGGUUCCCCUAUUUCUUCCAAGAGCACCAGUCAAAAUAAAGAAUCGUAACAAACACAACUUCAGUCUGCACCUGUUUUAAAAUUCUCCUCUUAAAAAACUCUAGUAAAAAUGCACUUUCAUACUAGAGGAGUCCCAGAAAAAGAUUUUAAUUACUGAUAUUAAUUCCCCAGCUCUUUAAAAGGAAUGAAACUACUGGGGGUUUAUGUCAUUCAAUUAUUUAGAAUCUGUUGCCAGAAUCUUUUAUGAAAAUUUCCAAUGAUAACCACAAGCCUAAAUCAGUUCUUAAAGAACUUGGCAACUGAUACCUGAUUAAUGGGCACUGAAAGAUGGAGACUAUGACUGAAGGUUUUUAUUUAUCUAAUUAAAAGGAACGGUAAUACUAAAUGUGAGACAGAACAGUAAGAUAAAGUUUAAAAAAAAGAAAAGAAAAGAAAAGAAAAGAAAAGAAACACCUUUAUUUUCCCAUCAGUAAUUGUUUAGACCUAAAAAGGUGACUGAAUCUUUAGUUCAGAGUUACUACAUCAGCUCCUGGUCAACAUUUCUAUUAUUUAUGAGGUUAUUUAAUUAUAAGAGAAUUCCAUAGCUGUCAGCUGAGCUCCAGACUGCUGACUUUUCUGCUUUAAUAAAUUAAUAUUUUACUAUGUUGGGAGAGGAGGUGGCUGGAGAGAGGAGGACUAAUAUGUUGGUAGCAAACUGUCUUUCCAAAUUUCAGAGAGCUUAUACUCUUAAAAUACAGGUUGGGAUGACACUACUAAGCUAAAAGUUAUGAGUAGGGUGAAAAAUCAACCGUUAUCACCUGGAGUUUUUCCAUUCUAAUUCUAGUAGCAGUGAAAUAGGUCUCUAGUAUAUUUAUUGAAGAGACUAGCAGUACCAGGAACACUUAUUUACUGAGGUAUUGAAAUUUUACAAUUGAUAGAGGUAUUUAUUAUUAUUUAUUCUGACAGUUUCUUAGAGUAGUCUAUUUUUGGCAUAGAUGAAAUUAUUACUUAUUUCUCCAUGAGCUUCAGAGUGAGAGGAAGAAUUGUAGAAAUAUUUCUAACGGAAUUAUCAUUCAGUCCCUGCUAAGAGAAAAUGGUUACUUAUUUAAAGAUGUGUAAAGAAACAUAUUCUGGUUUCAAAAGAGAACAGCCUGACAUUAAAGAAAUGUGCUUUCAACUAAUGUCAUGGUUAAGAGCUGAAUUAUAAUUUGCCUUCCUCAAACUAUGUAAUUGUCUUUGUGGUGGCUGGGUAGAUAUUUUGGCACAUAUUUUAAUUUUACAUUGGAAUAAAACAAGUUGUCACUGA